UUCGUCAUUUCCGGUGAACAACUUCCUGUCCACAAAUUGCAAAACAUGGCGUUGCUUUUAAGGUCGAUGGCCCGACCGGGUUUCCAUGCGUCCCGGUCUCAGUUUGGAGUCCUCUACAGACAUGCUGUUCCCAUGGGAACAACGGCGAAGGAGGAGAUGAAUAAGUUUUGGGACAAAAACAACCGACUGAACCGACCCAUGUCACCGCACAUCACCAUCUACAGGUGGUCCAUUCCCAUGGUGAUGUCCAUCACAUUCAGAGGAACAGGAGUGGGCCUUAGUGGAGGCAUCUCUCUGUUUGCGGUGGCUGCCAUGGUGUUGCCAGGUAACUACCCUCAGUAUCUGGACCUCAUCCACUCCCUGUCGUUCGGGCCCCAGUUCCUGGCCUUCACCAAGUUUGCACUGGCCUUCCCCGUGUCCUACCACACCCUCAAUGGCAUUCGCCAUCUAAUGUGGGAUGUGGGUAAGGGCUUUCAGAUCCCUGAUGUGUAUCGCUCAGGCUACGUGGUGAUGGCUCUGUCUGUCCUCACCUCCAUCGGCCUGGCCUGCCUGUGAGCCUCCGACCGGGUGGAGGAGGAGGAGGAGGAGGAGGGGAGCCGGGCCUGUUUCAGAGGCCAGCGUUCUGUUUGUUUGUGUUUGUAAAAGCGCUCAUGUUCCAUAAAUGAAAAUAAAUAAAUCUCUAUACAUCUCUAACUGCU